AUGAAAAGCUAUCCAGAUACUAUUCACACUGUAAUUUGGCUCAUUACCGUACCAUUGGUACUGUGUCGAACCCCUUCCGAGCUAUCACCGCUACGUAACCGUCCAUGUCAUCAGCUGCCUGUGUCGGGCUUUCUAACCGUUCAGCAACUCGACCUGAUCUGUCAUCAUCGAGAACAAUGGAUCAAGGAUAGCGAAGCGGUGCUGUCGAAGACGUCCCUUGACGAAACAACGGAUGAUCAGAAAAGCUAUCUACGUGAACUGGAGGCAUGUACCCGGAUGAACUGUGCCGAGAUUGCUGGCAAAAGGCGACGAAGGUAUUCUGAUGAUUUGGCGUUAUCGUCAAUUACAAAGCAAUAG